CGGGUGGAUUAGUGACACUCACAACAGGCUGUGUAUUUGCUUUUAACCAAGACUUUAUUUGGCCGUGGCAGUCAAACGUCCAACAGUUGAGCUAAGCUAAGCGGCUAUUGCUUUUGUUAGCUAACGUCGGCUAACGUUGAACAUCAAAGAUGUACACGAGUAAGGCGAGAUAUGUAACUGUGCAGGACUUCCGCGUUCGCGUUUGCAGGCACGAGAGGGUUCUGUUUUGUUAUCUGACCUGUUAGAGCUAACAUGACAUAGUAGUCGUUUUCCAAAAGCAACUGUAUGAAAACCCGUGUGGCUACGUUAGAUAUAUGUACUAAUAAAACACCGAGCAUCUUGACAACCGAAGCCGUAAACAGACCGUUUCUGUACCCUGUCUCCAAGACUUAUUUUAGAAGCCGAACUAGUGCGAGAGUGAAGAUGAAGAGAUCCAAAGGCGGUGGUGACGAGGAAGCUCCCCGGCAGAAUGGCUCAGCGAGCCGAAGGAAAGCAGACCAGCAGCAAAGUGACGGGGACGAGGGUGGCAGUGACAUCGGCCCAGCCGACCUGCAAGACGACGACAAUGACCAGGGCCUGAGGAGAGAAAUCAGGAGCAAAUACAGAGACCUCAUCAGCUCAGUGCAACAGAACAGGGAAGAUAUGCUGAGCCCAUCAAACAACAAACUAACAGAGGUUUUAGAGGAAGCAAACAAACUUUUUAAAGAUGUUCGACAGGCGAGAGAAGCAGCCCUGGAUGCACAGCUCCUUGUUGUGGCUACAGACCUGGGGAAGGAGAAAGCCAGCCAGCUGUUCUCCGAGGGAACCGCUUUCGAUCCCACUGCUUUUGCUGAGCAUCUCUUGUCGUUCAUGGGUUUGAACCGACUAGAAGAUGAUGAAGACGAGCAGCAGACCACUGCUAAUGGCUACCUGCCGCAGGAUGCCUGGCACCGAUUGGCCAGGAGAGCAGAGUGCUGCUUUAGGACAGCCCCCUCUUUCCACUACAUGAUGGGCUCGUUCUAUGCAGAACCACCUCCCCCGAAACAAAGGAUAGAACGGCAAAGAAAAGCACCCAGCAAAGAAGCCAAAAGGAUAAUGCCUACUCAGCUGAAGAAAAUGGAAGAGUCACAACAAGAAGCGACAGAAAAAGAAGUGGAAAGGAUUCUGGGGUACCUGAAGAGCUAUUACCAAGAUGAUCCAACCUCACCAAUAUCAUAUUACGAGUUUGUCAUUGACCCCAGCUCCUUUUCCCGGACAGUGGAGAACAUCUUCCACACUUCUUUUCUGAUCAGAGAUGGAUUGGCAAGAAUGUAUCUUGAUGAGGAGAAAUUGCCAUGUAUAGCUCCUGUAGAGGAGGGGGAGGUGGAAGCCGGAGGUUCCACCAGCCGUAAACAGUGUAUCCUCUCUAUCAGCCCAAAGAUAUGGAAGGAGCUCAUAGAUGCCUUCGAAAUCAGAGAUUCAAUUAUUCGGCCUCCAAACACACAGAAUGACUGACAGACCACAUCACCUUCUCCACUGGAAAACUCAAACAUUGUUCUUAAAUGUUUUACAUAAUAAAAUUCAAGUGAAGUGUUACAGUUUUAUCAGUUGAGGUAAAUGUAUAAUAAUCGUUCUAUUGCACAUUUGUUUAUUUUUUACUGCUUUUUAAGUUUGAAUAAUAAAAAAGAAAUAAA